AUGCAACCUAGCAAUUCAACAUCCGGGGCGCACGAAAAAAGCACUUUGAAGUCCGGAGCCCCCCACCACAGUCGCGACCAUCCAGCCAGCGAACAACAGCCGUCCCGGCCCUGUGGUUGGGAUCGGUGUAAGGGACUUCCAGCCUGUGCGAUCAGCUGCUUUCCCUGCUCUACAGACGAGUCAGAUUCGAAUGUGCAGCCAUCAGUGCCAGUCGGAUCCUUGGGAUAUAAGCCUCUCUCAUUCUACUACCAGAACGUCAGGGGAUUGCGCACAAAGAUCGAAAGUCUACAAACUUGGCUCCAUUCCGACAUCUCGAAUGCAGAAAUUAGUUCAGACUACACUAUUUACCGUGGUGACCGCAGUGAAUCAACAAGCCUACAUUCACGUGGCGGGGGCGUGUUGAUUGCUGCCAAAAACAAUCUCGAUUGUGACACAGUAUCUCUAAUGAACUGCAACAACCUUGAACAAGUCGCAAUCCGCAUCAAUUCUGAACUCUAUUCUACCCACGUCGACGCGGUACAAAGUAUUAUCGAGCAAUCUUCAGAGUCCGAUAUUAUUUUGUCAAUUGGGGGUUUCAAUCUACCUAACUUGCACUGGCAGCUGGACCACGACAUCAACGGAUACGUCCCCUCAAAUAUGUCCACCGAUCCUGAGAGAAUUCUUAUCGAGACUUUGUUUGCCACUAGCAUGCGCCAGAUGAACGGUUUCGGUAACCAUAAUGGAAGACUUCUAGAUCUCGCUUUCGUUAACCUACCUGAAUACUUCGAUCUUUUGCUGCCAUCUUCCCCGAUGCUGCCGUUAGACGCACAUCACGAGCCUUACAUCUUGCUUCUUGAUGAUCCUGGUCCGGAGUCCGUCAAUCCUGGCGACCGAGAUGCGAGCUUCACAUUCGAUUUCAAAACAUGUGAUUUCAACACUGUGAACAGAAGAUUUGCCGAUGUACAUUGGGAUCUACUGCUGGCCAACAAAACAGUGAACGAGAUGGUCCAAAUCUUCAACGAAAAGAUUAACACAAUCAUCAACGAUCAUCCAUGGUGGACUUUUGAGUUGCGGAACCUCCGUAACAAUCUCAGGAAAUCUCGCAGGCGUUAUUUCCGGUUAAGAUCCGCUAACGAUAGAGACAUCGUUCGUGAACUGGAAAUGUCAUAUAAGUCGCUUCUCUCCUCCUCAUACAACGAGUACAUCACGAGGAUCCAGUCGAAAGUUAAAAACGACCCUUCUUGCUUCUGGGAUUUCGUAAAGAAACGAACAUCCAUCAACAGAAUUCCACCACGUGUGAACUACGAAGACAACAUCGCACAAUCCAACACUGAAGCUGCCGACCUUUUUGCUGAUUUCUUCGAAAAGGUGUUCACCAAAUCGCCGUCCGCGCAACGUAACAACUUCUUCGCUCACAUUCCUACUCAUGACAUCGCCUUGCCCAUCAUUCAGUUUUCUCCAGAUGAGAUACAAUACGCCCUCGACAAUCUUGACGGAAAUAAAGGCGCUGGCACGGACGGCUUUCCCCCUCCUCUUUAA